AGAGCUGCUGCUGCUUCAUCAGAGCUAAAGAAGAAGAAAAAUGUUCCUGCGAAAGGAGACGUUCUGUUUGAGAAGACCUCCUGUACCAUCGGAGGUUCCUCUGGGGUUGAUGUGUGGUCCAGUUACGGUUUAAAUCACUAUCUGUAAUCCAGUGUCUCAGGCUGAGGCUCAGCACAUGAUUGUGAAAGGGAUGAGUUCUCUCCGGCCGUGUGGCUGCUCCUCGAUCGUGUCCAAUGGAUGCGAGCCUCAGCAUCAUGACCACAGCGCUGGACAACAUGUCGACUUCGGCCCUGAUCUGGGAAACGGGGACGACGAGUUCUCUGGUUCCUCAGAUUGCAGCUGUGAACAGCACAUCUGGAGUGACACCUCUGGAGGUCUCAGAGGGAAGCUCAGUGCUGCGAGGUAUAGCCGUGGCCGCUCAAGCUCUCCUCCUCCUGGCCAUCUUUCUGCUGUCCAGUUUAGGAAACUCUGCCGUGGUGAUAGUGAUCAUCAAACACCGGCAGCUCAGGACGGUUACCAACGCCUUCAUCAUGUCUCUUUCGCUGUCUGACUUCCUCACAGCUGUGCUCUGCCUUCCCUUCUCCUUCAUCAUGCUGUUCAGUAAGGACGGCGCAUGGAUAUUUGGCGAGCGUUUCUGCAUCGCCAACGGGUUUUUCAACACCUGCUUUGGGAUCAUCUCUACGCUCACCAUGACGCUCAUCUCCUUCGAUCGUUAUUAUGCUAUCGUCAGGCAACCGCAGGAGAAGAUUGGGAGGAAGAAGGCCAUCCAGCUGCUGGUGGCCGUCUGGAUGUCGGCGGUGAUCUUCUCUUUCCCGUGGUAUCUCCUCGUACGGACGUCAGAGCACCUCGUCAUACACAAGCGUGGAUUUUACCACUGCAUGUACGUCUUCCACUCGGGGACGUCUCGCAUGGGCACGGUGUACAGCGUCUCCCUAAUCGUCGUGUGCUACCUCCUUCCAUUUGCACUUAUGUGCUUCUGCCACUACAACAUCUGCAAAACGGUGCGUCUCUCAGAGAUCCGGGUGCGACCUGUCACCACGUACGCACACCUGCUCCGCUUCUACAGCGAGAUGAGAACGGCUACGACCGUGCUCAUCAUGAUCGUCUUCAUCAUAUUCUGCUGGGGACCCUACUGCCUCAUGGGGAUCGUCACGGCCAUCGGAAACUACGCCUUCAAUCCUGCCAUGGACGCCGUGGCCGUGUGCAUGGCGUGGGCCAACGGCGCCAUCAACCCACUUAUUUAUGCUAUGAGGAACCCCAACAUCUCUAUGCUGCUGGGUCGGAGCCGUGAGGAAGGGUACAGGACUAGAAAUGUCGCGGCUUAUCUGUCUGCUCAGACUCGAACGCGCAGACGAUCAGUAUCCCGCUCGCACGCAAUACGAGAGCGCUACAUUACAGGAACACGUGCUGGUGGAAACAGUCGAGUGUCAUCUUCAAGCCCAGCUAACGGUGGAGAAGUGGCCAUGUGGGCGUGCAAGAACCCAGCCGUGUUCUUCUGCACAGAUGCACAUCUCGACACGGCCACCGAGCUCGGACAUGAACCAAAACACAACACGGCCAACACCAGUCUCUGAUCUCUGACAUGUUUCCAAUGGCUCAUAUAACUUAGUUUCUAAACAUAUAUAAGUAGCAGGACUGGCGUUUUGAAUGUCAUUCACAUUGAUGUUUACAUCAUUUUUGAAGUGCCAAACUCUACACCAGGGUGCGAGCAAUCGCAUCACAACACUGUGGAUGAAUCGAAACAUAACAUUUUGGGCGCUUUAAUAUGGGGAGACGAGGGGCGGUCCUAACACUUUUUAUUGUUUAUUUAACCUUCCUCUUCAUGCGUCACCAUAUCUGGUUAUGUGAUUGCACUUUAGGUGUUUAAACUGUUAAAAGUGUCGUGUCAUUACAGUGUUACACAAUGGCAGUGUUACAAUGUUACACAAUCACAGUGUUACACAAUGUCAGUGUUACAGUGUUACACAGUGGCAGUGUUACAGUGUUAGUGUUACACAGUGGCAGU